ACUACUACUUACCGGAUGGAGUAAAAGCCACCCUGCUCGUGGGGAACAGCAACAGCAACCCAGCAAUGCCGCCGCCGCCGGAGGGGCCGCCCGGGAAAGGCGACGGCCGAAUCGACGCGGCUGUCGACUACUUCAUCGCCAUGGGCUACGCCGCGCGCGACGUCCGCAACGUCGUGGAGGCGCUUCUCACGGUACACGGCGGUGCUGCUGCGUGGCCAUCCCUGGCGGAGGGCUCCUACCGGGCUGUGCAGGAGAAGCUCUUGGAGAAGGAGGAGGAGGAGGUGAAGCUGCUGCUGAUGGGAGGUGAACCUGCAUCGACCUCUGUUUCGUUGUUGGUGGAGAGAUUUCCCCUGGCGAUCUUUAGAUUAGCUCUCAGGUUGCUUCCAUCGACCGUCCAGGCAUCGAGCCUAGUUCUCUAUGCAGGCCCCGACCUCCCUUCAUUGUGAACCAUCCAGUGAGAUCAUAUCUGGUUCCUCUCCACCAUCUCCUUCAGCCCCGGUCUCCAUUGCAGAGACAAACAGCACUAUCUGCCAUUCUGAAAAUACUCUGUUAUUUCGCUGUUUUUAGAUAUGGUAAUCGACUAAAAUCACUAAUUCACUAUUAUAUCAAAACCUUUGCCCUUUUCUUUUUGAACCUGUUGCCCUAUUCUUUUGGAACCUGUCUCACAAGUCACAACCCAGUUUCACUGUUUCAUGGUGACCACACCUGGGUGGUGCGUGACGCUGAAACAACGUAUACUGACCAACAAUCGACUUAUACUUGAUGUUAACCAUGGCUUCAAACCAGUGAGCUUUCCAUAGGUGUAAAAUGCCUGAAAGACUUCUACUUAUAUUUGAAUGCAUAAAAUGCUUUAUAAAUAUAGUGGUGAUUUUUGUGCAAUAAACCACGUUUACCAUGCAGUGUUAUAACAGACACAUUAGCAGAUUACCUGAUCAGUUGCAACCAGCCAACACACUAAGAUAUCUAUAGAAAGAAGGGUUUUCUCAUUUUUAACCAAGAUUCUUUUCUUAAUAUAUUAACCAAGAUUCUGGUUGUGAUUGCUGUUGCCAUCCAAUCAGAAUUUCAUGUUGGCUAACUUUUCUGUAUGCAGCAACCAGAAGCAGCAGCAUCGAAGGAAGCAUCACCAGAACAUGGCAUGCAAAUCUCUCAAGUGUAUAGUGAGCCACCACCAGAAACUAAUUCAGUGCUUGAAAAGUCUAAGCUGCUAGCUUCACCUAACAACUCGUCUGUUCAUGAAGCAGUCCUACCAUUCCCUACUGCUACAAGUACUACUCGUCUACGGCCUCCCACCUAUGGAUGGAUUAGCACUGAGAGUGAGUCUGAGAGUGAAUCAGACGAUGGAGAAAUAUCGUCUGCUGUACUGAAUCCUGCGGAAAGCUUCCUUUCUAAGCGGAAGCGACCAAGUAGGUGGGAUGAGCGCCCCAAAUGAUAAUGAUUGUAGAGCUCAAGAUGUGUAAUCUACUUGCUAGUUUGGUAUGACAGAUCCAUUUAUCCGCACAUGCCACAAGUUCAAUGUUAUCUUUCUGCAAGAACAACUGUGAAGUUUUGGAGAACAUGUAAAAAAAAGAAGGAAAAUGGGCUAUUAUUA